UCAGCAUCCCCCGGCCCCGCGGGGCAGGAGAGGAGGCGGGGGCGCCGGAGCCCACGGGAUUGAUUGGAAACGGGGGAAAACGGAGUGACGGCAGGGACACCGGGUGGCCUGAGCCAAGCGACAGCUCUUGCUACAGGGAUGGAGACGCGGCCGCAGCCCUGAGGGUGCUGCUGACCCUGUCCGUGGCGCAGCUUUGCCCAGCCCAGCACCAUGAGUGGCUUCCUCUCGCGGCUGGACCCGCGGCGGGUGCCCUGGGGCGCCGCGGGCCAUGCCCUGCGCGCCCGCGUCCUGCGCACCAAGCCCGUGGAGUCCAUGCUGGAGGGCAGCGGCGCCGCGGCCGCCCAGGGCGCCCGGCUGGCCAAGGUCCUCACCACCCUGGACCUCAUCUCCCUGGGCGUCGGGAGCUGCGUGGGCACCGGCAUGUACGUGGUGUCCGGCCUGGUGGCCAAGGAGAUGGCAGGGCCCGGGGUCAUCGUGUCCUUCAUCAUCGCUGCCGUGGCAUCCAUCUUGUCAGGCGUUUGCUACGCUGAGUUCGGCGUGCGGGUCCCCAAGACCACGGGCUCUGCCUACACCUACAGCUACGUCACCGUGGGGGAGUUUGUGGCGUUCUUCAUCGGCUGGAACCUCAUCCUGGAGUACCUGAUCGGGACGGCCGCGGGCGCCAGCGCCCUCAGCAGCAUGUUUGACUCGCUGGCCAACCACACCAUCAGCCGCUGGAUGAUCAACAGCGUCGGCACGCUCAACGGCCUGGGGAAAGGAGAGGAGUCGUACCCUGACCUUCUUGCUCUGGUCAUUGCUGUCAUUGUGACCAUCAUUGUGGCCAUGGGAGUGAAGAACUCGGUGGGACUCAACAACGUGCUCAAUGUCAUUAACUUGGCAGUUUGGGUCUUCAUCAUGAUUGCUGGUCUGUUCUACAUCAAAAGUGACAACUGGGCUGAAGGACAAUUCCUGCCGUUCGGAUGGCCAGGGGUGCUCAAGGGGGCUGCAACAUGUUUCUAUGCCUUCAUUGGCUUCGACAUCAUUGCUACCACGGGAGAAGAGGCAAAGAACCCAAACACCUCCAUCCCCUACGCCAUCACAGCCUCGCUUGUCACGUGCCUGACAGCUUAUGUGUCUGUGAGCAUGAUCCUCACACUGAUGGUGCCCUACGAUGCCAUCGACACCGAGUCCCCACUGAUGGAAAUGUUCGUGGUCCACGGCUUCUACGCAGCCAAAUUCAUCGUUGCCAUCGGGUCCGUGGCUGGCCUCACUGUCAGCUUGCUGGGCUCCCUCUUCCCAAUGCCCAGAGUCAUUUACGCCAUGGCUGGUGAUGGGCUGCUCUUCAGGUUUUUGUCCCACGUCAGUUCUUACACGGAAACUCCUGUCGUGGCUUGCAUCGUGUCCGGGUUCCUGGCAGCUCUGCUCUCCUUGCUGGUCAGCCUGAGGGACCUGAUUGAGAUGAUGUCCAUUGGCACCCUGCUCGCCUACACGCUGGUGUCCGUCUGCGUCCUGCUCCUCCGGUACCAGCCCGAGAGCGACAUCGACGGCUUCGUCAAAUUCCUCUCCGAGGAGCACACCAAGAAGAAGGAGGGCAUCCUGGCUGACUGUGAGAAGGAAGCUUGCUCUCCUGGGAGCGAAGGAGAGGAGUUCUCUGGCCCACCGACCAACACGUGCGGGGCAAAAAAUCUGCCAUCACUAGGAGAUAACGAGAUGCUAAUUGGGAAAUCUGAUAAAUCUGCCUACAACGUCAAUCACCCCAAUUACGGCACCGUUGACAUGACCUCGGGGAUAGAGGCAGAUGAGUCUGAGAACAUCUAUCUCAUUAAGCUGAAGAAGCUGAUUGGCCCUCGGUACUACACGAUGCGGAUCCACCUCGGGCUGCCGGGUAAAAUGGAUCGCCCGACGGCGGCCACCGGCCACACGGUCACCACCUGUGUGCUCCUGCUCUUUGUCCUGAUGUUCAUCUUCUGCUCCUUCAUCAUUUUUGGGUCAGACUACAUCUCUGAGCAGAGCUGGUGGGCCGUCCUCCUGGUCGUGCUGAUGAUCCUGCUCAUCGCCGUGCUGGUGUUUGUGAUCUUGCAGCAGCCAGAAAACCCCAAGAAGCUGCCCUACAUGGCCCCCUGUCUGCCCUUUGUCCCUGCCUUCGCCAUGCUGGUGAAUAUCUAUCUCAUGCUGAAGCUCUCCACAGUCACGUGGAUCCGAUUUGCCGUCUGGUGUUUCGUGGGUCUGCUCAUCUACUUCGGCUAUGGGAUGUGGAACAGCACACUGGAGAUCAAUGCCCGGGAGGAGGCCCUGCACCAGAGCACCUACCAGCGCUACGACGUGGAUGUCGACCCCUUCUCUGUGGAUGACGGCUUCUCCUUCGCACCCGAGGGUGACAGCUACCCGGGCUGGGGUCCUUCUGAGGACAAGAGCUUCUCGUACCAGCAAAUGGCAGGCACCAAGGAAAGCCAUCGGACAAGUAGCAGGUCGAAAAGCAAAGGCCGGCACAAACCGCCGUCGGAUGCUCUGAUCGCCAACGACGAGCUGGACUACUCGCCCGAGUAGCGGGACAGGCAGCGGGGCGCCACGACGCCCAGGUGAUGAGGAAGGGUCCCCGUGGCUCCCCCAUCCUGCCCCAUCCUCCCCGGGUCCUCCACCACCACCCUGCUCACCUCCAGUACUCGGGACAUGCUCUGCGAUUGCCGUUGACCCCGGACCAAAACCACCCGUGGCCCGUCCCAGCUCCAGCAGUCGCGUCUCACUCUGGUGAAUGCUGGCUGAUCCCCCAGCACUGGCUGAUCUCCCAGCAGCGGCUGCACCAGUGCAGGCAGCGGAGUGGGAGAUGUGCCAAACCAGGAGGGUGUUGAGAGGUGGAAGGAGACAUAUGAGGGGACAUCAAAUUGUCCCUGGGGAAUGUCCACCUGAUGGCCGCAGCAGUGAGAUGUCACUCUAAAAUUUUUGGCACUUUCUUGGCAUGUGUGUUUUUUUCCUUUGAACCACCUAGAAAUUAUAGCUAAGCCAGAGGCACAGAGAGGUGGGUAGGUACAAAAUGGAGAUGGACACACUCUUCCUUGGGAGUAGCUCAGAGAUGCAUAGUUGGUUCCAUCAUGCAGUGUUUCCAUGGCCUGUUCUGGUGCACUGCACAGAGCAGUGCUUCCCCCAUGUCCACCCCCACACCCCAAACCCCAGUAUUGUUAUUCAAAAUUAGUCCAUGUCUCAGUCGAAUCUUUAAGUCCCAGCGCGGCCCAGCACCCCAAAUCUGUGGCUGGGAGCCUGAUCCCAUUCCUGGUCACAGUGAGGGCUGUGACUCACUCUUGGCUCAACCCUUUUUGUACAAAUGGUCAACGAGGACCACACAUUCCUCUCAGCAUCACCAGUCUGAGGUUGGGCACUGCUUCCACCACUUAGUGUCUUUUACAAAAAUUACUGUGCUGUCAUUCCCUCACCAUGCUGGGCACCUUCCAGUGCUCACUCUGCCCUCAGUGCUCCAGACACCCAUCCAUGCCCUCACAAAAUAGCAGCAUCCGUGGGUCAGCCACCUCUUGGCGGGGCUGGGCCACGGGUAGCAAGCGGAGAGAACUUGGCAACUGAAAUCUGACUCCCUACUGCACCUUGUACAAUAUUCUCUGGUUUUGACCUUGCUUUGGUGGGUGCUGUAUGAAAAACACUGAAAUGCUGCUCAUUCCA